AUGGCAGAUUGGGAUUCCAACACCCUCGUGCAUGAGCUACGACAAGGAAUGGAGCUAGUAAGGCAGCUCCAAAUCUCUCUCCACUUGCCUUGCUCAUCCCAAGAAAGCCAUGAGAUUCUUGUCCAGAAGAUCAUAGUUUCGUUUCAAAGGGCACUUAGAAUGGUGAACAUGAGAAUGGGGCUAGUGGGGAAUCCUUCUCCUCAUGUAUUGCGCUCAGUGGUUGCAAUGCCAAAGUCACAGUCACCACCUUUCAGCGGAAGUCCUCGCAGUGAAAACUCAGACCAAGAUCUGAGGGAAAUCAACCGAAGUUCCCCCAAAAAUAGGUAUGAGGAGGGCUAUACCAAGCUGGAGUAA